AUGAUGAGGUGUCUGAUUGAGUAUCUGGAAGAGGAAAAGGGCGACGAUGGUCUGCUCAUAACCGAUCGCCAUGAGGCUAAUCGGCAGGCUCUUGCUAGACUUGAAGAGCAGUGGCCAAUUGAAACAUCGGGAAAGAUAACAACGGUUCACAUCGAGAGGCAAUUCGAAAACAUUGCGAGACGUUGGCAUUACGGUCCCACCAUCUCAGGCGGCAUGUCGUCUCUCAGAAAGUACCUCUUCCGCCAUGGCAAGUCCGCCAUCGACUACCGCCUGGCCCGUGCAGGGGUGUUCUCUAGAGACGAGAUUGCUUCGUGGGAAAGUGAGAAAAAAGCCGAGAGAAAGGCCGCAAGAGCGAAGAGCACCAACCCGACAAAGCGGCGGAACCUGGCCGAUGAGCUGAAUUGGGAGUAUCCUUCUCGAAAGCAUCAGCGCGCUGCCAGUAUUCCAGACUCGGACUCGACCAACCAGGACGCAAUAGCAAACUCUGUCGAGUCUCGAAAUCUCGUAACCCCAAGUGGACACGGCAGCGGCGUGCUAGUAUCUCUGCAACACUUUCUCACCAAUCCUCCUAAUCCAACAACGUUAAAGCCGGAGUUCAUCGCUAGUGAAAUGUCCUUUAUCAGCCAUUCUAUCAACGCCACCGUGUUCAGACGCCUACAGGCAGCAGACAUCAACACGAACGGUCCUGUUAUACUGAGCUUUGAUCAGCUAGACCACGAUUUCACAAAAUUGUUGGAGAAGGUCUUGGGCUUCCAACGCUCAGAAUUCGACAGUGGUCGCGAGAGAUUGAAUGAGCUGCGGGCCGAGAAAUAUCUGCCCUUGGAACACUUCGUUCGGUCCUUAGUCGGCGCUGCGUUGACGACGUGGGUGUUCCGCCGUGACCCCGGGGCAGAAGAGUCGAACAAGACACUGGAGAUCUAUCGACAAGUCGUUGGCAAGAUGGACACUAAUCUUGCUAUGCACGUCGACGCUAUAGCUCGGGAAGUUUAUCUCACCCAAGAAGUGGUCCCAACAAUCAAGCAACGUGCAAAGGAUUUUGCUGAACGACUCGACAAUGUCGUGUUCCGUUUCAUAGAGCCACCUUCGUCCGAUACACGACACAGAGACGGCGAAGGGUUUGAUUCUAAACAUAGCAUCCCAACCUAUGGGGAAGACUCCGACGACUCUGAGGACGAGAUCACUGUACUGGAACAGAGAGUCGCCCAUGCCCCCUCUGUCUCUCCAAUCACUCCACCACGCCGUAGUCGACGUUCAGAGGGUGCGCCUGGCAGAGACGACGUCCAACCACAUUUCACCACCGAAUGGAAAGCUUCGUUGGCAAGGAUCUUCGAGAGAGCAUUCAACCUUCGAAUCAAGAUGGAGCAGAAGGCUAGUCAAGCCACAUACACCUUCGAAUUUCCGUACCCAGGUCAAAUCUACGACGAGAGCAAUCGAGAGGGCCACAUUGGAGCGAUACGCAAGCAGCGUCGAGUCAUGAUCGGCAUUCUCCCGGCCGUAUACUAUGUGACUAAGGAUCAGGACGGUCGUGAGGUUGAUAGGAUUGCUUGUGCUCCGCACAAGUCCUUUGACUGCUGA